AUGGCUCAAUCUGUUCCCCCAGGAGACAUCACUACCCAACCCGGCACCAAGGUCGUGUUCAACGCCCCAUACGAUGACAAGCACACCUAUCACAUCAAGGUAUGUUUGGAGUGGGAAUGCUGUAGGGAGGGGUUACUGUAGCUUUGAGCUCUAGAGCUUAGGAGCUUUUGAAUCUUUGAUUUCUAGAUUUCUAGGCUUUGGAUUUCUAGACUUCUAGACUUCUGGAUUUCUAGGCUUUUGAAUUCAUAGGCUUCUGGAUUUCUAGGCUUCUGGGUUUCUAGACUAUAGAUUUCUAGGCUUAUAUUUCUAGGCUUAAUUUUGUCCUUUCAGGUUAUCAACGCCGGUGGUCGUCGUAUCGGAUGGGCCUUCAAGACCACCAACAUGAAGCGUCUCGGCGUCGACCCCCCAUGCGGUGUCUUGGACCCCAAGGAGGCCGUCUUGGUUGCCGUCUCGUGCGAUGCCUUCCAGUACGGACAGGAGGACACCAACAACGACCGUAUCACCAUUGAGUGGACCAACACCCCCGACGGUGCCGCCAAGCAGUUCCGCCGCGAGUGGUUCCAGGGCGAUGGUAUGGUUCGCAGAAAGAACUUGCCCAUCGAGUACAACCCUUAA